CCACAAUCUUAAAAGAAGGCUUACGCGGAAAUCUAAAUGUUACUUUUUUUUUUAAGCCGGGUUGCAAAUAUUAGCAUGAAUGUGAUUUUUUUAUGUGUCCCUGUAACUUGAUUCAUGCCUUGUGGAGGAUUACUCAUUUUUUUGAAACUGUCAGUGUGAUCCAAGUAAAAUUAAAUGUUUAGCAACUUCAUCCAGUAAAAUGCAGUAUUUAGCGUGUGUGAUGUGCAUAUUAUUUCUCACAAUUGUCUUCUACAGUCAAUGCACUGAUGCCAUAGACGAAAAAGAUCUGUGUUCAACGUGUAGAAGAAUAAACGAUAACUUCGCCAAGGGAUUAGAGGAUACAGCAAAAAAGAAUUUUGGGGGAGGAAACACUGAUUGGGAAGAAAGAAGACUAUCAAAAUAUGAAACCAGUGAGAUUCGCCUUGUGGAGAUUCUCGAAAACCUGUGUGACAGCAGCAGCUUUGAAUGCAAUCAGAUGGUAGAGGAACACGAAGAACAUUUUGAGAACUGGUGGUUCAAAAAGAAAGAGAAAUACCCUGAUCUUUUUAAAUGGUUCUGUAUUGACACCAUUGAAGUGUGUUGUCCUAAAGGAACAUUUGGCCCUGACUGCAAUGCUUGUAUUGGGGGAUCGGAGCGCCCGUGUCAUGGCAAUGGAGCCUGUGAUGGCGAUGGCACCAGGAGAGGGAGUGGUAAAUGUAGCUGUCAUGCUGGAUACGAAGGAGAAUUCUGCUUGGACUGUGCUGCUGGGUUUUAUAAUGAAGAACGGAAUGACACUUUCUCAUUGUGCACAGAAUGUCAUAAUUCCUGCAAGACAUGCAAGGGCCCAACUAACACAGAGUGUGAUGAAUGCAAACCUGGCUGGAGUGAGGAUGAUGAAGGAGCAUGCAACGAUGUGGAUGAAUGCUCAAAUGAAACAUCUCCUUGUGAGGAAAAUCAGUAUUGCCUAAAUACAGAAGGUUCCUUUUCCUGUAAAGCUUGUGACAGAGCAUGUGCCAGUUGUACCAAGGAAGGUUCUGAUAACUGCGUGAGCUGUGCACCUGGCUAUAAUUUAGAAGAUGGGAAGUGUACAGAUGUUGAUGAAUGCAAUCUGCCUGACAAAGUAUGCUUGCGGGAAAAUGAGGAGUGCACCAACACCCAGGGCAGCUACAAAUGCUUUUGCUCCAAUGGUUUUGAAGAUAAGGAUGGAGUCUGUGUAAAAACAGAAGAGACAGAGAAUUCGGAUUCCUCAGCAAUAGACUCUUCAAAAUUAUCCACUGAAGGAGUGCAUGAAGACUUAUAGUAUUUUUUAAUUCAGUUCUCCAAGACCACUUCGUUAAAUUAUUUGAACCCGUUCUGCACUUGCAUAUUUAACAGCACUAUUUGGACCAGAUUUUUUAACUAAAAUAUUGGAGGGGGGAACAAUUGAUGAAUAAAGUUUAAUUGAAUUUA